CCACAGAUUACUUUCUUUGAAGACAAAAACUUCCAGGGCCGUCACUAUGAGUGCAUUGGAGACUGCACUGACAUGCAGGCCCACUUUUCUCGCUGCAACUCCAUCCGAGUAGAGAGUGGAAGCUGGGUGGCCUACGAGAGGCCCAACUAUGCUGGAUACCAGUACAUGCUUUCCAAGGGUGAAUACUCUGAUUUCCAGCGCUGGGCUGGAUUCAACGACUGCAUUCGUUCCUGUCGCUUGGUUCCUCCUUACACUGGAAACUACAGGAUGAAAAUCUUUGAGCGCUCCGAUUUUGGUGGUCAGGCAAUGGAGCUGAAUGAAGAUUGCCCUGACCUGCGUCAGCGAUUCCACAAUGGAGACAUCUCUUCAGCAAAUGUCAUGGAAGGCUACUGGACCCUCCACGAGCACCCCAACUACACUGGCCGCCAGUUCUUCCUGCGCCCCGGCGAAUACAGGAGAUACGUUGAGUGGGGCAGCCCAAGUCCUACCAUGGGCUCCCUGCGACGUGUGACUGACGUCAACUGAAGAUCCAAAUCACACAACCACCUCUCCCAAUGUGUCAACAGCACUGCCUGUCCAUGCAGCGACUACGUCUGACCUUCAAUCACCUCGAGGUGAUCAGGCCUGUGCAUCCGUCAUGCUGAAUGUAUUUGUGAUGCUUGCU